AUGGGGUUGCCAGAUCAUGGGCAGCACCUGGACCUGAUGGCUUUCAACCAGGCUUCUAACAACAAUACUGGGACACUAAAUGGCUACUCGCUAAAGGAGCUCAAUUACACAUUUCAAAUCCUUAUCCCAAAAGUUGAAUGCCCUCAAACCCCUUCAGAUUAUAGUCUUUACAACAUAAAUUAUAAAAUCAUCUCUAAAAUCCUUGCAAAUAGACUCAAACCCAUCUUGCAAAAAAUAGUUUCUCCUUUUCAAGCUGCCUAUGUCCCAACCAGAAAUAUCUCAGAUAACACUAUCAUAGCUCAUGAAAUUGUUCAUCAUAUGAAAAGAAGCAAAAACAAAUUUGGGGAAGUUGGAAUCAAACUAGAUAUGUCAAAAGCUUUCGACAGGAUUGAAUGGUGGUUUCUGAUGGAUAUAAUGAAGAAACUGGGAUUCUGCAACAAAUGGUGCAACUUGAUAAAUCAAUGUAUCAACACCACUUCAGUGUUCAUACUUCUAAAUGGUUCUUCUUGUCAACCUUUCAACCCAUCAAGGGGACUAAGACAAGGAGACCCAAUUUCUCCUUACUUAUUCAUUCUUUGCAUGGAAGGUUUCUCAAGAAUGUUAUGCAAGGCAGAAAGCAUGAAGAAAAUACAUGGCAUCAAACCAAGCAUCUACAGUCCAAGCAUAAAUCAUCUACUACUUGCAGAUGAUUGUUUGCUCUUCUGCAAAGGCAAAGAUCAGGAGAUAAGAAACCUUUUAGACAUCAUAAACAAAUUCAGUGCAGCAUCUGGUCAAGCAGAGAAAAAAGAAAGCUUUAAACCAAUAGAAGACAAAGUGCAGAGCAGGUUAAGUACUUGGCAAGGAAAGACUGUAGAUCAAGCUGGCAAAUCAACACAAGUGCAGUCAAUUUUAAGCACAAUGGCAAACCAUCAGAUGGGUUGCUUCAAGAUGUCAAAACAUGUGACUGAAUCUCUUGACAGAAUCCAGAGAAGAUACUGGUGGAACAAAGACAGCAAAAAAGGAAUGAACCCUAUCUCUUGGUCUUCUGUUUGCAAACCAAAAAGAUUAGGUAGUAUGGGUUUCAAAAACACCAUCAAAUUCAAUGAUGCUUUACUAGCAAAAUUAGCUUGGAAGAUGAUUACAGAUCAUAACUCAUUAUGUGUCAGAAUUUUGAAAGCAAAAUACUUCCACAACAAGGACCCAUUAUGUGAUGAAAUAAGUCCUCGAGGCUCAUGGAUUUGGAGAAGUAUUCACAGAGGUCUACAGAUAGUAAAGAAAUAUUAUAUAUGGAAUAUAGGAGAUUGCUCAAGUAUAAAAAUCUGGAGGCAUAACUGGGUUACAGGCAUUCAUCACUCUCAGCUCUCAAAGACAGCACAGUUCUCAGGUAACAGUGAUAAAGUUCAGAGUCUAAUUCAGCAAGACUCUAAACAAUGGAAAGUGCAGGAUAACGAUCAACUCUUCAAUCAAGAAGAAAGCAAAAAGAUCCAGAAAAUAAGAAUUCCCAAAAAUGCCAGGGAUACUCUAAUUUGGAGUCUUACUAGAAAUGGUUCUUUCACAGUGCAGUCUACAUACAAAGCUUUAAUCCAACAAACCAGUGGGAGAUUUUUGGAGACCGUGGUGAAAGUAAAAAAAGCUAGAGAUGCUGAACAAGGAGAAGGUUUAGCUCUCUUAGAGGCAGUAGAAUGGAUGAAUAGCAGAGGGUGGAAGAAGGUUAUCAUUGAAGGGGACUGUAAGUCUGUCACUGAAGCUGUGACUUCAAAUUUUGUAAACUCUAGUUGGAAGGAUAACAAUCUCCUUUCGGAUAUUAGUAGGAUUUUAGAAUCGUUAUUUUGUGUCAAGUGUGUUUUCGUUCCUAGACUAGGUAAUGAGGCGGCUGAUGGUCUAGCCAAAUAUGCCAAGAAGUAUGAAUGUAAUCAAGUGUGGGCUGCAGCUCCACCAAGAUGUGCUUACUGUGUGCUCACGACAGUAGUUCAAACUUGCAGUGGUGUUUUAUACAGUAGGCCUGUUGGAAAUAGUUAG